CUCAAUUAGUUUCGCCGUCUCCAUGGAGUGUCCUGCGAUAACAUGCCCGAAGCAGGCCAUAUCAGAGGCGGCGACGGCGAUAGCCGAAGGCAAAAACGAGGCGGCGUCGGAGAUACUCAGUCGCCUCGCCCAGGUGGCCAACGUGAAAGGCACCUCCCAACAGCGACUCACAGCUUACAUGACUUCCGCUUUACGAUCGCGCGUGAGCCCCGUGGAAUAUCCUCCCCCAGUAUCGGAACUGCACACCAAGGAACACCACUUCUCCACCCACAAACUGUACGAAGCUUCGCCGUGCUUUAAGCUAGGCUUCAUGGCGGCGAAUCUAGCCAUCCUCCACGCCGUAUCGGACCAGAGAUUCUGUAAGCUCCACGUCAUUGAUUUCGACAUCGGCGACGGCGGACGGUACUUGCAUUUGCUCUACGCGCUCGCCGCCAGGAAACCUGAAAACCCUACGGUGUUGAAGAUCACGACGUUCGCCGACGUCCCCGGCGGCGAUCAGCAAUUGAGAGCCGUGGAGGAGGAGCUGCAAAAACAGGCGCAGACCGCCGGAGUGUGCUUGAGUAUCAACGUUAUGCCGUGCUCAGACAUCGAGCUGAGCCGCGAGCGCCUCUCCGUCGAUCCCGACGAGGCUUUGGUCGUGAAUUUCGCUUUCAAUUUGUACAAACUCCCAGACGAAAACGUGGCGACGGAGAACCGGAGGGACGAGCUGCUCCGCCGCGUGAAGGCACUGUCGCCGACGGUGGUUACCGUGGUGGAGCAGGAGCUGAACGGGAACACCGCGCCGUUCGUGGCGCGCGUGAACGAGGCGUGCGGGUACUACGGCGCGCUGUUUGACUCGCUGGACGUGACCAUUCCGAGGGAGAAUAAUUUCCGAGUCAGAAUCGAGGAGGGACUGGGUCGCAAAAUGGGUAAUUCGAUUGCUUGCGAGGGGAGGGACCGAGUUGAAAGAUGCGAAGUGUUGGGCAAGUGGCGGGCCCGGCUCAGCAUGGCCGGGUUCACCGCGAUGCCGAUGAGCCAACAAAUUCCCGACUCGCUCCGGUCCAAGCUCAACUCGGGGACACGUGGCAACCCAGGAUUCACCAUAACUGAACAAGUCCGGGGUAUCGGCUUCGGCUGGAUGGGACAAACACUCGCCGUCACAUCCGCUUGGCGUUAAUUAUACUUUAUUAAUAUUAUAUUUUUUAA